AUGGUGACAGCAACGAAGGACCCAAGCCCCAGCCACCAUUCGGCAAAGAAGGUUCGGAAAGCCCUGGAUUUCAAUGCGGUUGUGGCAGGUGAUGAAGAGGCGGGAAGCAACACCAAUCAUGCGGCGAAUGAAAGGGUGGCAGAUGAUAUCGUGCCGGUAGAUGAAACGUUGGCUCAAGAGGAGGGAGAAGAUGGUGAAACUUGGUGGAAUGAGGUGAUUGAGGAAGAAGCAGGGGAGGAGGAAGCAGGGGAGGAGCUUAUGGAGGAGGAAGAGAAUCCGAUGGAGACACAAGGCAGUAACGAUAUGCAGAUGGAGGUCAGCGAUAAUGGGGGAAACCUCCUUGCUGUUGAACAAUUUGUUGAAGUGGAAGCCAAGGAAGUGGGGAAGAGCAAGGUGGGGGAGAGGAAAACUGGUGUCCAGAGGAAGAAGGCGGUUAGGGCAGCUGUAGGUGUGGCCGGCGGUCCUCUACGGCGAAUGAUUCAUGGCGCUAAAACACCUAGAAGAAAGACGUCGGCCAAAGAGACACAGCGCCCGGGAGAGAAAUUGGCGGGAAGGGACAAGGAACCGGAGAAAGAUCCAUCGGUGGGAUCCGGGACAGAUUUUAAAGCCGUUUAA